AUGACAAAGCAGACAGCGACCAGCGGCACUGUCGAUCUUCAAGCAGUCGGGCCCAAAACCACAACAUGCAACGGAGCGCACUUCCAGCAAUCUGGAUCAGAUAUUACUGUGGAGGACACCACGAACUGCGGUCUGGUGCCGGGCACAGACUACACAGUCAAGUACUGUUCCACACAAGACGAGAUUGUAGUGCACAUGCUGAAGCCUAUGGAUGUCAGCGUGGUUUUGAGCCGCACUCCCUGUGCGGAAGCUCAGCCCAACAUGCAGGCGCUCGUCCAAGAGCAGGCCGUCGCUGAGUCAGACAGGGGCUGCAGCGGAUAUG